CUCAGCGGUAAACUACAGAGCGAACUGAACCUUCAGUGUCAACAUUUUUCAUUUUUCUCGGGGACGCGACAAAAAAAAGCGACACCUGUCAAUUUACCGUCCGCUGAAAGCGUGUUUUACCGUUGAACAGGUAAAUUUGUGACGUUGUGAAGUGGCCGCCGCGCGCGGAGCGGAGCGGAGCGGAGGCAGCUGUCGCACAGCGCGGAGGUGAAAGCAGCGACGAAUUUCAGGUGCAGCUUAAACCAAACACACAUGGACGUCAGGAGGAAGAGUCCCAAUGAUGCUGCCAACUUCAGUUUACUCGGCUUCAACACCAAAUAGUCACAUCAGCCAGCUGAGCAGAUACCUGAGCAGCCACCACAACACGCCUGAAGAGGACGAUGAGACCAUGAGCACCGAGGAGAGAGAAGCCACGGUUGCUCACAAGCCGGACUCCGCCCCAAAGCACGAUGGCCACCACCCUCUUCCGGAGCACAGCACCUGCACCAGCGCCGACGACUCCCUGUUCAGCAGACGGGGGCUGGACACAGAGCAGGAACACAAACACAGCCACACGCUCCCUCAGCCUGGCCCGAGCUACUGCUCCUACCAGCCCCCUCGCAGCUUCCCACCUGGGUACAGUCAGCCCACUCCAUUCCCCAGUCAGGCUGAAGGGCCUUGGCUACACCCGAGCUUUGCCAGCAGCUGGUCGGGGUAUCCCAACAGCCUGCCGUCCUACGUGAGCCAGAAAGAUUACUCCAGCUCUUCUGGAGAGAGCUGCCUCUCCAAGUACAAGUUCCUGUCCCUCCCCAGCGGACACAGCACCAGUAUGAUCAGCUUAGAGCAGCCGCUGUCUUUGCGCUCCAACCCGCCUUCGGCCGAGUUGUGUCACCAUACCUUAUCUCCGUACUCGUGCUCGCCCCAGGGAGCCGCCUGCUGCGCUCAGUGCCCGGCAGACACCUUCAACAGGGGGCACGUGGUCAGCAAACACCUCGGGCCUCAGUACCACCCAGCACACAGCCCACACUAUCCUGGUGACUGCAGACUUCCUGGAGCUGGAUACACACAGAUUGGCCGCAACGCUCCAGCGAAAGAGAAGCACUCUCCUUACGGCACCAUGCUGUCUCUGGAACAGAGGAGAGUCUUUGUCACGUACGAAGCUGACAAUGACAAGCACGUCAACGAGAUCAUCAACUUCGUUGCUCUGUUGCGACACAAUGGCUUUGAUACGCACAUUGACAUUUUUGAGCAGCAGCUCAGGAGUAUAAGCAAGAUAGACUUCAUGGAGCGGUACCUCAGUGAGAAAGACUACCUGAUCAUCAUCAUCAUCAGUCCCAAGUACUAUGAGACAGUGACAGCGUCGCCUGUUGGCCUGGAGAACGACGAGAGGACCUUCAACACCGUCUACAUACACAAACAGCUCCAGAGUGAGUUCAUCCAGAAUGGAAGCAAGAAUUUCAGAUUCAUUCCUAUUUUGUUCCCUGGGGCGAAAAAGUGUCACAUCCCUAACUGGCUUCAAAACACAAAUGUGUACGGAUGGCCUCGCGAUCGGGACGACAUUCUGCGGCGGCUUAUGAGGGUCGAGAAGUAUAAUCCACCUCCGAUCGGGGAGCUGCCAACCAUUGUUUCCAUCCCCAUAUGCUCCGACCUGGACUGAAAUCCAGAACUUUCUCUCCUGAGAGGUACUGCUCAUGUCUGAGGCGAAUGGGGACUCGUGUGCAUGAUGUUUUAUGUUACUUCGACUGUGACUGUGUAGAGAUUGUAAAUUGUUGUAAUGUGCAGGGUGCUGUGUGAACCUUUCUCCUGGGAUAUGUUGCAUUAUUGUUAUUAGUUCCUUCAGUUCGAUGUUGGUGUAAAAUUCAGGCAUAGAGAUUUUUCACAAGCUUUGUGGUCUCUGCAGCUUGUCAGCGCGCGUCACGCUGCAUGUUUGUAACCUCAGCUCCUCCCUUCCUCUUUGACAACAUAGUUCAAAAUUUAUGGACCGUAAAAUUUGAACACGUCCUUGCAUAUGAAAGAUUUUUGACACUCACACUUGUUUGUGUUGCAUAAUUAAACAUGGAACAGAUUAAUGAUUAAUAAUCUGAUGACUGCAUAUUUACAGUAGACCUGCAGGGCUCUCAUGUAAACACUGACAGAUAUUCUCUCUGGUACACGCUGCCUCAGUCGUAUCAUCUCUCUUAUUGCAGCGUCUGUAAUGCAAACAGCUGGAUGGAGUUAGAAAAAAUAACAGACGCAGCAGUGACAAAAAAAUGACUGUUUUUGGUGCAUGAUAGGUAUUGUUUAAAUAGAAGACAGGUUUAGAUUUGUUUAGUGUGUUUUCAUUUUUUGGGAAAAUGUAUAAUUGUGAUCCCAAUUCUAUGUUAUCACAGUUACCACAAAUGUUAAAUUAUGGCAAAAACUAGAUUAUUUAUUUUUUCUAUAUAAUUAAAACCUUUUUCUUUGUCAUGAAAAGGUGGAUUUUACUGAAUAACAAGGUGCUGACUUUAACCACACUGUUGCUUUUGCCAGUUUUACUACAACUCACGAGCCGCUGGUGCACCACAGCACCAGGCGUGAUUUAAACCAACAGUGCACCUAAUUCAAGUUCACAGACUCCUCAGUAUACGGAAACAAAUGAAACCACUGAAACCAACAUGGUACAAUAUUAUGUGAAGUGCACAGUGUUUGUAAUUGUAAAAA